AUGGAAUCAAUGCCUCACGGCGUUGUCCGACUCCGACUCCCUAUAAAGAAGUUUAGGGUUUCUCCUUACAGUAAAGAGACAAAUAUUCAUACAAAUUAUGAGAAGCAGAAAGAAGAGGCUGUGAGACUCGGAGUUGAGCUCUCGCUCUUUGUGGCUGAAGCAAUGCUCUUAUUAUCUAAUGAAGACAUGUUUAUGUUUUGUUUUUGGCUAGUGAAGGAUACAGUGAACAAAGAUGUUUACGGUCCUGUCGUAGGAAGAGAAUUGGAUCGGUUCGUUUCGAUACUAAGAAACAAAGAAAGCUCUCUUGGUGAUGAUGGCUUAGUGAUCAACCCAUCUGAUUUUGAACAUUACAAACAAGAGCUGAAGAAGCUAGAGGAGACGUUGAGGUCUUCCAAAGAUGUUGAGGUGAAUGGGGUUGAGAGAGAAACCAUAAAGUCUUACAUACUUUAUUUGUGGAAGUCUCUCUUUGAGACAUCACAACCAAAGGUGAUAAACCCUUGGGCUAGGAUUCUUGAGAUGUUUAGGCCUUUCUUUAACCAAGCUAGGGAAGAUGUUUGCUCUAGUCUUAUUGCUUCUUAA